CAAGUUUCCAAUAAGAAGCCAGAGCAUGUUGAUGGCCAACAACCUACUGUGGUAGGUCCUUUAGUUGCCAAGAUAACACCAAACAGUUCUUGUAGACUACCAGACCCCUCUGAUGCGCUCAGACAUGGCAGUAUAGCAGUAAAGAAAACCUGUACACCAUCAGUCAGCAGUUCUUGUAUACAACUGGACCCCCCUGAUGCCCUCCAACAAGGCAUGGGCUCCGUUGAAGCAGCAAAGAAAACCUCUACACCGUCAGCUAAACAACCAGACCCUCCUGAUGGCCUUCAACAUGCCAUGGAAUCAGAUGAGGCACCCUUUACACCACCGGAGGUUUCUCAGAUUCCUGGACAUAAUAACCAAACUUGCGAUGACUCUCAUUUUUUAUCGUAGACGCUGCUGGCAAAUACUCAACAUUCGUGGCUUUAACAAGGUCAACAUUGGGGAAUGUGGCCUCUUGUCGAGUUGA